AGAAAAUCGAAACUUCAUGUUGUAUUGGAUUGGUGGGUGAGUUUGAGCCAUUGCAACGAAAACGGUUUUCUGCCUUGGGUCUUGUGUGAAGUGUGAUUGUAGAGUGCGUGAUAUUUAUUUCAGACAAAAGUGAAAUUUAAAGUGUUUUUGUGUUCCGUGUUAUAAUGGCAACGGCGUUUCUGCCGUCGCCCGCGUGAAUAAGUAAGACUCUAGUGCAGUGAACCACCCGGGCCCGCCGCCUCAAGCGUCACCCGACCACAAUGAAAAUGGUGUUGUCACAACGGCAACGAGAGGAGCUGAACAAAGCGAUCGCCGAUUAUUUAGGUAGCAAUGGCUACACGGACGCGCUGGAAGCGUUCAAGAAGGAGGCCGACAUGUCCGGCGAAAUGGAUCGCAAGUUUGGCGGCCUCCUCGAGAAGAAGUGGACAUCGGUCAUCAGGUUGCAGAAAAAAGUGAUGGAAUUAGAAUCGAAGCUGUCAGAAGCUCAGAAGGAAUUCAUCGAGGGUGCGCCGACGCGCGCCAAGCGCACUCCCGCCGAGUGGAUCCCUCGGCCACCGGAGAAGUUCUGUCUCACCGGACACCGGGCCACCAUUACUAAGGUAAUAUUUCAUCCGGUGUUCAGUUUGAUGGUGUCCUCGAGUGAGGACGCGACCAUCAAAGUGUGGGACUUUGAGAGCGGCGAGUACGAACGAACCCUGAAGGGACACACCGAUUCCGUUCAGGAUAUCGCCUUCGACCAUCAUGGAAAACUACUCGUGUCCUGCAGCGCCGACAUGUCAAUAAAGCUGUGGGACUUCAAUCAAACGUUCGAAUGCGUGAAGACGAUGCACGGCCACGAUCACAACGUGUCGUCGGUGGCGUUCUCUCCUAGCGGCGACAUCGUGUACUCCGCGAGCCGGGACAAGACCAUCAAGGCUUGGGAAGUGGCUACUGGGUAUUGCAUCAAAACGUAUAAAGGUCACCGCGAGUGGGUGCGCAUGGUACGUGUGUCGGCGGACGGCUCGCUGCUCGCCUCCUGCUCCAACGACCAGACCGUGCGCAUCUGGAACGCCGACACCAAUGAAUGCAAGAUGGAGCUCCGCGAGCACGAGCACGUGGUGGAGUGCGUGUCGUGGGCGCCCGAGGCCGCCGCCGCCGCCGUCAACGAGGCCGCCGGCACAGACAACCGCCGCGCCAACCACGCCGGGCCUUUCCUCGCCAGCGGCUCGCGCGACAAGUCCGUCAAGAUCUGGGACGUGAGCACGGGGCAGUGCCUGGCGACGCUGGUGGGGCACGACAACUGGGUGCGCGGCGCGGCGUGGCACCCGGGCGGCCGCUACCUGCUCACGGCGUCCGACGACAAGACGCUGCGCGUGUGGGACGUGGCGCACACGCGCUGCCUCAAGACUCUCUACGCGCACCAGCACUUCGCCACCAGUCUCGAUUUCCACAGGAGCUUGCCAUACGUGAUAUCAGGCAGCGUCGAUCAGACCGUCAAAGUUUGGGAGUGUCGCUAAGAGCGUUGCCAUUUUAGUAACUUAAACUCACCGAUGAUAUCCUUAUCAUUAUUAUUUCGCGUUGUAGCUACAAUGAGAGCGAUGUAAGCUGCUGUCAUUAUGGUCAAUCAUUUGUAAAGGAAAGACACUUUCGUCUUUGCCUUCUGCUCAUUGUAGUAUUUUUUUCGUACACCUGACGAUGCUAUGUCUCCUAUAUCAAAAUUGGCUUCAACUUUUAGCCCCGAUUCUUGGUUCGUGUUCAACUACUUGGGUUAGAUUCACACAUUCCAUUAAAGUGUAAUGGCGCAUAGUUUCUGUAUAUUUUUUUAGUUAAAUUGAUUUCUCCGAAUUUUGUAAAAAUUUGGACCUACUUGUAGUUAGCAGUGACGUAGCAUUCGUCAUGUACCGCUCGCAACGAUGGAGUGUCGAGGAGCUGUGUGUGUUACUAUAAACUUUCAAUGUCCUGUUUUAUUUGAUAGUUAUGGUUUAUACAUAAAACGUUUAGAUAUAAAUUUUAUUUGUUAUAAAUAAGUAAUUUGAUUUAUUACCCAGCCAAUCAGAUUUUUGUACCUUGAUUUCUUUAUUGAUAAUGUUAGUUUUAUGAAAUUUGAUAUUGAUAGUUAUUCAUGACAACAUUCAAUAAAUUAAUGAACACACUUGAAGUCAUCAUAAAUGCUCCAUCAACAACAGUAGUGUACAUAAAGCUUUUGAUGUUUGUCUCAGCUCGAUACGAUGUUCAUUAUGUUUGUUAGCACCGCCGCCAACAACAUUAAUGAAUAUCUAUGGAGACAACGAAACCGAAACGGCAUAGUAUAGCGACCUUUGUAGAAUUUUAUAUCAAUCGGUUUCCAAGAGACUUAUUUUAAGUUUUGGCAAUUCAAAACUUUAACUAUAAGUUAGAAAAAGUUAUAUUUCAAAAUUUUAUUUAUUUAUAUUGUCAGUUUUAUAUUUUUUUGUCUCAAACAACAAUUUUGUUAAGUGUAGAGCAUUGAAUUGCUAAAUGGGUAAUUGUAAUACAAUUCAUGUCUUACAUUAUUAAUUAAUAUCUGAUUUUAAAGUUAAGCCUAUUUCAUUUAUGUCAUCAUAAUUAUGUCUUAAGUAAAUUAAUGUGUGAUAUAAACUUUAAUUAUUACUUUGAAUUACAGGCCUGUUUAAGGUAGCUAGAUUGAAAGAAAACUUAAUUGAAGCCUUUUUACCCGACUGCGGCAAAGCCAAAAGGAAGGGUUUAUGAUGUUCGCAGUCAGUAUGUAUGGCAGUUUCCUCUUUGUGUACGAAUGAGGUUACUUUGGUACACAUUAUCUAAGCGCAUGUCAUAGGUAACCGUGGUCGGGUGUUAGUUUUUUAAUUAAAAGUAUCUAUUAAUACUAUCAAUAGUUAUUUAUUUUAAUACGGAAUAAUUUUGUUGCCUGGUGUUGUAGAGGUUAGUGCGUAGAGUAGUUUGCGUAGAUACGCUCAUACUGUUAGAAACAGCUGUGUUUAGUGCAUGACAUUGUGCAACAUGUACAUUGCUUACAGAUGACGGCCGGUAACACCGCGCUAAUAUAUGAUAUUUACGGAGUUAUCGCUUAUACAAUAUGUCAUAAUUGCUUUUGUAUUUCUUAUCGAGAUGUAUGUAUCGUGCGCCGCAGCUGUCAGGAUAGAUGCUAAAUUAAGUAUCUAAAUCCUAUACAAGGAUUAUAUUCGCUUUGUCAGUGUGAAUUCGUAAAAUAAUAUGCUGAGGACAUGGAGAUUGUAAAAUUAGUGUUGUGGCGUAUCUGUAGAGAGUGCCCAACUAAACAUCUAGGAUUCCGCAUAAUGUCUAACUUGUUAGCUCAAUUUGACACUUAACUAUUUGCAGUAAAACUCUUGUAAAAUCAGUUUGCUAUUUGAUAUAUAAUUUACACUUUUUAUUGCCAAUACAUCACAAUACACAAUUUCUAGUCAUUUUUAUUUGCAAUCAUUUCCCUUAUUUAGAUUUAUUUCUUAAUAAUAGAUAGUGCAUAUUUUUAUUAAUUGAAAAUAUUUCAAUAAAAAUGAAUACAGCAAAAUAGAAAAGCAUUUGUUUGACGGUUUUAACAUAAGCUCGGUAUAACAUAAUAGGUACUUUGGUUUUGACUAGUACUAUAACUUUGACUUUUUUUAUUACUGUACUUAAAUCCCAUUCUGUUUAUUUGGAGUAUAGUUUUGUUUUAUAUGGAACUAUCUAAAGUCGACCUUUGGAUUCGUUUACAUUCGUAAAGGAGAAUUACCUUCUCAAGGGCGCUCUCUACGAUUACGCGUGCUAUAUUAUCUUGGCAUAGAAACAUAAUCUCUUUGAAAUAUGGCAAUCGCCUACUAUAAAAUAAUCUGCUGAACAUAAUUGUUCUUCAUAAAAUUGUUUGUAUUAAUAAGUAUCUUGCACUUUAAAAAUGUAAUUACCCAUAAGAAUAAUAUCAUCAUCGUAAGUUAUCUACUUGCAGAAUUCUCUGGAUACAUAACUGCAGAAAUAAUGUUAGAUUACCUACUGAAUACAGGAUAGCACUAAGAAUACGUGACUGAAGCGUUGGUAUGAGAAUUUUGCAGUUACUCAACUGCUGUAACUUGUCGAAAUUAAUUACCGAAAUCCAAAUAGAUUUGGUUCGUGUUUCAUGUAAAUAAACAAGUAUUUAAUUUA